CCUGCGCGCCCGCCAGUCGCUGUGUCCCGGCCCCUCUGCUCCCCCCCGCGCCCAUCCCUCACACCCACCCCCACCCACACCCACACCCACACCCACCCACACCCACACCCCACACCCACACCCACCCACACCCACACCCCACAUCCUGAACGAAUGCAAUUCUGUAUAAAUAACUAGAGGAAUUACUUCGAUCAUUUGAUGAAAUAAACUGUUGAAUUAACUUGUUUCUGUGUUCUAUUUUCUCCUAAAUCUCAUUACUUUUGGCAUGCUCUGUGACUUUCUUUAUGACUUUAAAAUAUUUUCUCUACUCUUAGAAAUUCUCCUAUUAAGAUGCUCAUCAAAAUCAAAUAAUGAAAAACAACUAUACCGAAUCAAUUUUACCGUUGGUUUCCUCCAACUUGGUCGAGUAUCGUGUAACUCACACGAGUGCGUCGUUUGUCAAAUAAUUCUUUUCUUAUCUUUGCAUCGUGGCAAUAGUUCGAUCUCGUUUAGCCUUUGUUUUUAUUUUGUUUUUCUUUUUGAAUACUUUUUAUCUACGCACUCCUGUUGAGAGGACUGCACCUGGUGACAGUAAAAUGCAAUAAAAUAUUCAAGAUAAAGAGCACAAGAAGAUUAAUUGUCAACAAGAAAAAAAACCAUGUUUGCACAAAGAAUUUCAGUUCAUAGGAAGUAUAUGCGUCUAUAUAUAUUUCUAUACAAUAUGCAGUAGUUGACAUCGUUCAAUAACGAACAAUAAGUAAUAAAGAUGAAUAUUAAUAAGAACCUAUAAGAAAAUCUAUUUAUGGACAACUAGUAGAUUACGAUAAUUUUAAAAAUGGCUUCACAUUUUAUUGCAUUCCGAGAUAGAUGAGACUUACAUGAUUAUAAAUAUUAGACAACCUUUUUACAAGUUGAUAAGAAAAAGUGAUAAUUUUAAAUACAAUUGCUAGUUUUCAAAUUCAAUUCGUAUUUUAGAAGAUCUGACAUAUUCAUUUUUUUUCUUCAAUGAAAAAAAGAAAAUAUAUAAAAAACUGUUUCAUUAGAGUUUAUUUGAACUUGAACUGUGAAACAUUCUUAAUAUUAUGAGAAGAGCACGUCCAAAAAAUACUUGAUUCAUUUGCAACGUGAUCUUUGGAAGAACAACCAAUCUUUCAAGGUAUUUCAAAUUGAAUAUAAAGCUUGAAAUUAAGAGUAUGCUACACUGAACUUUGGUGGUUGUAAUGAAAAUUUUAUUAAGGGUAUAGUUAUGGGUAUAGAUGUUAGUCUUCUCAUCGCUCACAUGCUCUUUCUACUAAUGUAUACCUUCUUCUACAUGAAUUUAAUUAUAGUUUUCAUUUCAAUAUCAUACUCACUUUGAUGCCUCAUUGUCAAAGUUUUUCAUUUCUAUCAUCUUUUUCCGUAUUAUUUAUCUUGAAAAUUCCAAUGAGGAUGUACACUUUCAAGCCAUUAUUUGUAUCUCGUUGUGAUGAUGGAAAAUAUUAGUUUUAUGUCAAUGACGAACUUCACUAUCGAUUUUCAUCAUAAAGUUAAGCAUGACUGCUAAUGUUUUUCUUUAUUAGCAAUAUUCAUCCAUGACUAAAACAACAAGUCUUCGAUCAACAGUGCAUAUUUGUAAGACAUUGAAAGAAGGAUAAAACCUCUAGCUUACUUUACAUUAUUGGAAUUCCAAAUUGCAGUUCAAUAUAAUAUUGCUAUCUGCUUUUUAUAACAAAAUAAUAUUAUCAAUCGUAUUUCAGUUUUACAUCUGUGUCGCUUAAGAUGUGAACAAAAUAACAAUUACAAAUUUAAUAGAAAAUUAUUUUUAUUACAAAACGACGUAUUCUAGUAGAAAAAACUUCAAUAUCCGAAAUGAGAGAUUAAAAACUAAGUGCGAAAUGUGCUUGAAAAUCGGACACUAAUUCACCACAUACCUAUACUCUUAAACUCAGUUCAUCUUCUCUCACAUUGAAGUUAAAAAGUUCGAAGAUCCUCCAUACUUUAAAAACUAACGAUCUAUGUAUCGUUACGAUAGAAAAAAAAAGAGAUUUAUCUUUAUGUAUCUCUGCUGUAAAGACUGAGGUGUGAGUGUGCCUAUAUCUAUUCACAAUACUCACAGUCACAGCCACAGCCAUGCUCUCGUUCAAUUUAUUGAAGAUCAUGCAUCAUCAGUAAUGAUUUGUGUUUAAGAUGGUUGGGAUACAACUGCUCAACUCGUUUCAAUACGUGAAUUAUUACUUGAUCCAUAUUAUUGAACAUUUGAAGGAUUUCAAACAUUAAUUGAACGUGAAUGAUUUGCAUGUGAACAUAGUUUUUCACAUCGAUCAAAUCAAACAGCAACAAAUAAAAGUGGUUUUACACCAGUUUUUCUUCAAUUUCUUGAUCUUGUGGAUCAAGAUAUUAAUCAUAAGAUGUCAAAUAAUUCAAAUAAAAUCUUUUUAAGAUGUGAAAUCAAUAUGCAAGUGAAUUUGAAUUGAAACAAUAUUAUCUUCGUUUUCUUGCUUAUCAUCAUUUAUCAAGUCGUUUUAAAAAUAUUAUACUUGAUUGUGAUUGUGAUUGUGAACGUAAAAAAGAUCGUAAUUGGUAUGUUGAUACAACUCAUGAUUCAUUAACGAGUGAUACUAAUGAAUCAGCUGGAUUUUAUAAUUCUCUUUAUUCAUCAUCAAAUGAUAUUUGUGUUCUUCGUCCAUUAUAUAAAAAAUUUGCACUUGAUAUAUGGGAUUUUUAUUUAAGUGAUUGUCCAUAUAAUCUUGAUAUAGCUCUAGCUGUACAUGAAGAACAUUUAAAUGGUGCAGAAUUAAAACAACGUACAAAAUAGGGAAUACGAGUACUUCAACGUCGUGAUUGUUCGAACGUUUGCCGUCAAAAAUGUCGACGAAUUGGUAUUAGUGAAUCAUCGGAUUCUCAAAUUGUUGUUGAUUCAACUCGAUUGUAA